UAGCCGCCGCCUACCUUUUCUUCUUACUAGAACAACUGGUUGAGGUCGAGGACUCGAGGUUGAAGAGGGCUGACGCGCCUACCUUUUCUUCUUAAUAGAACAGCUGGUUGAGGUCGAGGUUGAAGAGGGCCGAAGCGUCAGCGUCAGCGUCACUCCUCGAUCCCUGAUGCUUCACGAACGCAGCGAAACAUCUGGUUCUUGGUGAAGAACGUACCCCCCCUCUCUCUCUCCAAUGAAGGGUCUGUUGCGAUCUCUUUCUGGGUAUGGAGGUUUUCGGGCUUUUUCUAGUAGAGGCGAGCUCAGGCUUGAUGGGGUCAAGGACAUCGUCGCCGUGGCCUCUGGCAAAGGUGGUGUCGGCAAGUCCACCACCGCAGUUAAUUUGGCUGUUGCACUUGCUAACGUGUGUCAACUCAAGGUGGGCUUGCUAGAUGCUGAUAUUUAUGGACCAUCUAUUCCCACUAUGAUGCAUAUACAUGAGAAGCCAGAUGUGACUGAAGAUAAGAAGAUGAUUCCUGUUGAGAUGUAUGCAGUCAAGUGUAUGUCAAUGGGUUUGCUUGUUGAAAAGGAUGCACCAAUCGUAUGGAGAGGUCCUAUGGUAAUGAAUGCUCUUGAAAAAUUGACAAGGGGAGUCCAAUGGGGAAAUCUUGAUAUUCUUGUAGUGGAUAUGCCACCAGGCACGGGUGAUACACAAAUAAGUAUGACGCAGAGGCUACAGUUAUCAGGUGCGUUGAUUGUUUCAACUCCCCAAGAUGUUGCCUUGAUUGAUGCUCGAAGAGGAGCUAGGAUGUUUGCUAAAGUUCAAGUUCCUAUUUUGGGGUUUGUAGAGAACAUGAGCUACUUUAAAUGCCCACAUUGUGGUGAACCUUCAUUCAUUUUUGGAAAAGGAGGAACUCAAAAGACAGCCGAUGAGAUGGGUUUUGAGUGUAUUGCUGAGAUACCAUUGGAAGGAGACAUCAGAGAGAGUAGUGAUGAAGGUUUUCCUAUUGUAUUGUCGGCUCCCAAGUCGACUGUUUCCAGAGCUUAUAGUGAUCUCGCUCAUAAAGUUGUGGACAAGCUGCAGGCAUUGGCAGAGCAGCAAUCGCCCCACAUGGAAUUCCACCUGUGAUAUCGUGAAAUACAUGUAGCGUGUUCUCGGAUAUUUUAACUUACAGUUAGUUGAGCGCUCCAAGAAAAUAGAACCAACUUGGGGGAUGAAGUGGCUUUGUCAUUGAAAAGCAUCCAGGUACUCUUUUUUUUUUAGAGGGGUUUUUUUUUUUUGGGGGGUUUGGAUUUGGCCAGAAGGCGUCAUGUAUUUACUGUGAUCAAUAUUGAAGAGAUUUAGACGCUUUGCUUUACUUUAUUUUAACGUAUAUCGAUAAA